UCUCUCCCUUCGUACAUAUUUGACUUCAUAAUAUUUUCCUCAUCUGAGUAACUUCCCACAUAUAUAUAUAACCCUCUUCUCUCUUCCCAUACACUCUUAAUCUCAAUCGUCACCCACCACCAUAAAAAAACCAAAACUCAAAAAACACCCACCAAACCCCCAUAGAUCAUCGCCAAGAAAUCAGGUUAGUCUCAAUUUUGUUCACUUUGAAAGAAUAGUUGCCGGUGAUCGAGUCUUUGUGUGUAGUUCUGCUCGCCCGAUCGUUUUAUCUUGCGUAACAAAAUCUAUCUUUUUGUUUUUGGUACUUUAAGCAGUUGGGUAUUUCGUACUUUUGAUGAAAUACCCUAAAAGCUUGUGUUUUUGGACUGCAAAUCUAGACCAUGUCCAACAUCCCCACUUCUCUCUCUGAAAUCUGCUUAACCCUCUCUCGUCUCGCCAUGUCCGAGGCCGAUCCGUGGCCAUUUUCUUGAACCAAAUCAAUCUCUGACGAAAACCCAUUCACUUCUCAACCCAAAUUUCAAAACGCACAAGACAGAUUUUCCUCCUUUUUCUCCCAAAAAAAUGGCGAAGUUCAGAGGAUUCAAGCUCGGAAAGCGCCUUUGCCGAGUCAGCCGGUGGUUCUUCGUCCGUUGGACCCGAACCCGACCCGAAUAUGCCCGGCUCAACCCGGGUUCUCCCUCCUCGGCUUGCAGCUACAAACCCAUGUCAAGGCUGCUCACCUGGGGUCGGAAGCUGUCCGCUGGGGCUAAAUCUUUGUGCUGCAGCAAGCCAGGGUCGGGUUACAAGCGGUUGGGUCAGAACCCGGUUGAGAAAAACAAGCCUGUACCGGUGCCGAAGGGACAUCUAGCUGUAUACGUGGGCCAAAAAGACGGCGACUUUCACAGAGUUUUGGUGCCCAUCAUUUACUUUAACCAUCCCCUGUUCGGGCAGCUUCUGAGAGAGGCCGAGGAGGAGUACGGGUAUGAGCACGACGGCGGGAUCACCUUACCCUGCCCGAUGUCGGACUUUGAGAGUGUCAAGACCCGGAUCGCCGCCGGGUCUGGUCACCGGAGGCUGACGUGGAAGCGGUGCGCCACUCUUUAGGUGCGAUUAGUGAAUAGCGAUGAUGGUGACGAUAAUAUUCCACGAUGGAUAGUGAUGUUUAUUACGAAUUUUUGUUGAGUUUUUAGUGAUUUUUUUACUUCCCUUUUGUUGACUUUUUUAGUUUUUAUAUUUUUCGUAGAUGUAUAUAUUUAUGAAAGGAAUAUAAUAUAUGUAAGAUUUUUUCACAAGUUGGGUUGCUUUGUGUGGUUGAAAAUGGUUAUGAUAUGCUAAUGAUAGUGAUUAUGUUGGUUUUUUUUUA